AUGUUUGAUGGUGGCGAUGGAUCGGCGCAAAAGAUGGAGCAGGGCGAACAGCAGAAGCAACCGGUAGUGACAACGUCCGAGCGGCCAGAAGAGGGGAUGAUGAUUUCUGCUGCCGGGCUUCAACAGAUCAGCUCACAGCAGGGCUCCGCUGGUCUGUUUUUCUUUUUUUUCCAUAAAAAUGCCUGA